CUUUAACCAACCUGCAGCGAGUGCUUGUAGUUUGCCUAAACAUCCUGCUUGUCUUUCUAUGAGCCCUCAUCACUGCUGAAUCAUACACAGUUUUCCAUGGAUGGAGGAGCCAGUGACUCCUCUGCUGGUGGACGGUCAAUCACCUACUGCUUUGAUGCCUCCUUCCCCUCAUGUUCCUCCCACACUGAGAGGUGCUGAGUGUUACCAUGUCUUCAUUAGCUACAGCAGCACAGACUACCAGUGGACCCACUCCCUCAUCCACCAGCUGGAGGCCUGUGGCCUGCAGGUCUGCUACCACGAGCGUGACUUCACUCCGGGUCGUUCCGUGUUGGAGAACAUGUCUGACUGCAUCCAGCAGAGCCAGAAGGUGCUGCUGGUCCUCAGCCCAGAGUUCGUGAGGAGUCGCUGGUGUCUCCUGGAGGCCAACAUGUCUCUGUUCAGAGACUGUCUGGAGCGGAAGCCCAUGGUCCCAGUGCUGCUGCAUCCUGGAGUCGCAGUUCCUCUCCAUCUCUGCCACCUCACCUACCUGGAGGCCAGCGACCCUGACUUCAGCAACAAGCUUCUCAAAGUGCUCUGUGCCCCCAACGUGCAGCUGCAAGGAUCCACGGUGGUGCCCUUCCAGCCUCCUUCCAUCUACAACGGCAAGGCCCUGCAGCCGCUGACCGCUGUCAAUGAUGAGGAACUCAGUAAGUGGGACUCAGGACAGUUCAGUGACAUGGAGGUGCCGGACCAACUGCGUCUGGUCAUUCAGGACCAAGAGAAGUACAGGGAGGCUGUGAGAAUAAUCAACAGUGUCUCUCAGUAUGAAGUCUAUCUGCGCCCCCUCUGGCUCAGAGUGUUGAUCAUCAUGGCUGGGGUGAUAUUUGUCAUUCUCUUGGUGGGUUUUUUUAUUUUCACUUCAGUUUCCUAUGAAAACUAUUACUCUGUAACUACAGUUAUUCAGUGGUUUGGCGUUUUUAGUUUCACCUGUGUUCCACUAGGGCUGAUUGUUCACAUUAGUCUCUGGAUCAAGGAUGAUAAAAAGUACAUCAUGAGGGCGAUGCAGAAAGCUGUAUGUCGGGCAAACGUGAUCCUCUCAGAGGAGAAGGUCCUAAUGGGCUGUUUGUCCAACUCAAAGAUCCACCUGGUCUAUGUUUCCUUAAAUGGCUGCAAACAGGAGUUUGCAGAGACCUUUUGUGAACAGCUUGUGGCUGAGGACAUGUUUCAAAGAGCUCUGCUGUUCUUCUCGUCAGGUUACGCCUGCUGCCUUGCUAAAAGGCACUUUCCUUUUCCCCCACCGAGCGCCACUGGUCACCUGAAGGGAGGGAUCUGCUUCUGCCAGUACGUCUCCCAACAGCUUAGCAAAGGACAAUAUAAGUGAUGUACUGUAAUAAACUGUUAACUGCACCUGUGCCAGAUUUUGAGCGGUUACAGAAAAACUAAUAAAAAUGUUAAACAUUA